AUGGACGGACUCAAGCGCGCCAAAGCCACCAAGGCGGAGGUCGAGAACAACAUCUCCGUACUCAUGCCUCAGGACAAGAAGACAAGCACCCGCCCCAGCGUCGAAGAGGACCCCGAGAACAUCCUCAUCAAGACCCUCCGCCAAGAUCAAAAGCUCCUCUGGAGCGAAAUCGCCAGCCACCUCAACAAAGAGCGCCUCUCCAAAGGCGAACCGGCAACCUUCACCGACGCCGCAGCCUACAGCCGCUUCGUCCGCAACGCGCCCCGCAUUGCCACCUCCGUCGGCGAGAUCGGCUUCGACCCAAAGGACUACAUGCACCUGCGCAACCCAAACCAGUACUCCAACGCCGAAGGAACAGGUGUUGUUAGCAAGGCGGGCAAGAAGCGCAUCAAGGACUUCAACAACGCGACGGAGCUCAAGGACAACUUGCGCCAUGCCGUUCCCUCAGAGGUACACGAGAAUGAUCUGGAGACGCCGCAGAUGACGGAGCAGCUUAUGGAUGCGGUGGCGAAGUGUGAGCGCAACUUUUGGAAGUAUGUCGCGGAUGAGUUGGAGAGGGCGACUGCGAAGAUGUAUGAUGCAGAGAAGCUUUCUGAGCGCUAUCAUGCUAUUUGA